AGCUGUGGCAUAUGUUUCAGCCAUUGCUCCGGCUCUGUUGGCUGUUCUUAUCCAAACCAAUGAUUGGAACGUGGAACGAGGAUGAAACCCAAACAACAGCUUUUCAGGGAGCGAUGGAUUUCAAUUCCUAAACGAAUGAUAGCACAAUCUGCCAAUAGUUUAUCUGUACGUGUAGUACACGUAACAGUUGCAUGUGAUAAUUUCAAGCUUCAUUAUUUAUGUUAGGCUUGAAUCACAAAUUGUUGAUUUCCUUCAGAAUCCAGAAAAAAGAAACGCAUUAUAAAAGUGUUAGGAUUUGGGCUUAGGCAAUAAUAUAAAAUAGAAACAAAAUUUUAAAACAUUAAGAAUUUAUUAACUUGCUGAUCAGUACAUAACAAAUUUUGGGGUUACUGAUUACUUUCUCACUCUACAGGAUGAACAUUUUUACCUGUACUUUUACGGGUCAAUUUAAUGUUGUUCAGCCAUCACUUCUCAGCUCAGUCAGUGGAUGAAUAUGCAUGUGCAUCGCUCAGAUAAUUCAGAUCUACAAGUAUAUUAUUUAAUUAGAUAUAAAGAAAACAGCUAACCACACUGGAAUAAACCAGUGAGACUUAUGUGCGUUUCAGAAUGUUUCUGAAUAAAAUUACUUAAAAGAAAAAUAUACCUUGAGUUACAUAAGCUGACUCCAAAAUUCUUCGCUUAAUGGUUUCAAGAAAACACGCACUUUUACGUGGUCAUAUGUCUGUCUCGACCUAUUGUCAGCAACCACAAUUUUAACGGUCGAUGCUAGUCUUUCUGAGGGAACAGAACUGGAAGGUGCAGUAAGAUAUUUAAGUGCCACUUGUGAAAGAAAUGGCAUCAUAGCUUUCAUCUUAUUCCAGUACAUAAUAGGGUUCACAUUCUUAUCCACCAAAGGGUGAUCAAAAUAUAAUUUAAGCUCACUAGGAAAUCACCAGAGCCAGAGAUUUCCAUCCGAGAUGCAUUUUUCGUUUUUAUGAGAUUCUCGUGUAGAGCCCAUAGAGAUGCUGGAUUUUGAGCUCAUUUCUGCUCAGAUGGCUGAAACAUAUCCUUUUUAAAAAAGAUAUUUUGCUUUAUAUAUACAUGUAUGUAUGUAUAUGUGUGUGUAUGUUUUUUUUAAGGUGGCGGGGAAAUCUGCAAACAGGCACCUGAGAAGAGAACUCAGGGUGUGGGGAUGAGACUAGGGCAGAGAUGCUGGGGUAGUUACACUCGCCCAGGCACCUACUGAUCCCUGUCCCAACCCACUAAAACCCCUCCAGUUUCCAGCCCUGGUCUUCCCUGAACGACGGUUAAGUAUUACGUCGGGGAGUGGCUUUUGUGCGUGAUGCACCCUCUUUACUCUUAUAACCUCCUAGCUAACUACCUGGAGACUGGUAAUUAGCUACCACUGGCGUGUUGGUGGUUGACCCGCCCCACACGUUGCAGCUCCAGGACAAUCUGAGAGGCGACCGCACAGACCGCGUUCCAGAUGUUCGGGUCGUCGCACAUCCUCCGGACUAGAUUGUCCGGAGUAGUGUCAGGCCCGCUCACAGCCAUCAUGUCGCUCCUCGCUCUUACGAAACAGGGGCAUACGAAGAAGACAUGCUCCGCAGUCUCCUCCUCCUCCACGCACUCGUGACACAUGGGGGACACCGCGUGUCCGAACCUGUGCAGAUAUUGCCUGAAACAACCAUGGCCUGACAGGAUUUGUGUCAGGUGGAAGUUCACUUCACCAUAUCGUCUCCCGACCCUGCCGGAUAUCUCCGGUAUAAGUCGGUGCGUCCAUCUGCCCCUUGUGGAGUUGGACCAUUCCCGCUGCCAGCGGAGCAUCGAGAAUGACCUUCUGGUACCUCGUAUGCCCCUUGUGUCACGUUGGUCGAAACACUCUCUGUCCUCCUUGAUGGCGAUGCUGAUAGGCAUUAUGCCGGACAAGACACAGAUUGCAUCGUAUGACACCGUACGAUACGCACUUGCAACUCUCAGGCACAUGAGCCUGUAGGUAAUUUCCAGUUUACCACGGUAACUGUUAGUACGUAGCGCUCUGGACCACACUGGCCCACCAUACCUAAGUAUGGACGAAACCACGCUGGCAAGAAGUCUUCGCUUGCUGCCAUAAACCGCUGAGCUAUUGGACAUCAUAUGAGAUAGUGCUGCAAUAGCCGAUGAGACCCUCUUACAGGCAUAGUCGACGUGACUCCCGAACGUGAGCUUGUCGUCCACCAUAACCCCCAAGAGCUUCAGGGAUCGCUUCGAGGUGAUGGUGCAGUCUCCGACUCUGACCACCGCCUGUUGCUCCGAUUUACGGUUGUCCACAACCGUGACCUCCGUCUUAUGAUGCGCGAGCUCCAGUUUCCUGGAGCGCAUCCAGUCCUCGACCUUGCGUAUACAGUGCGCGGCCGUCAACUCUACCUCCUCGAUAGACUCGCCGUAAACCUCCAGCGUUAUGUCGUCAGCAAAGCCGACGAUCACAACCCCUACAGGGAACUUGAGUUUCAACACUCCGUCAUACAUGACAUUCCACAACACCGGGCCCAGGAUAGAACCUUGCGGAACUCCUGCGCAACUGUGACGAUUCGAAAAUGCACAAUAUCGAUGUUGAUCAUCCGCGGAAAAAGUACGCUUGUGAAUUCUGCAACAUGGAACUGAGCACGGAAUUCCGGUUGGUGGAACAUAGGAGAAUUCAUACCGGGGAACGACCCUAUGCGUGUGAUAUCUGCAGUAGCACAUUCCGCACAGCUAGACUUUUGCAGUACCAUAAGCAUGCUCACCAGGAUUUUGAGUGUGACAUAUGCAAGCGAUGUUUUACCUUAAAAUCACAUUUAAUGUCCCACAUGAAUAUUCACCGCACAGAUUGGCCACAUAAAUGUCCAAUUUGCGAGAGAAGAUGCGCUAAAAAGUGGCAUCUCGUAGCUCAUAUGUUCAUUCACAGUGAUGCACGGCCCUUCAAGUGUGACAACUGUGACGCGUCAUUCAAGAGUCGUGAUGUUCUAAAAAGACAUAUGAAGACCCACAAGGUCAAGCCCUUCCCGGGCAACAUCGAAAGUUCAGAGGCAAACCGGACUGAUAACAGCCAAAGCAAUAGAUCAGCGAAAUUCACCUGCGACAUAUGCGGCAAACAGUACCAGACACUAAGACCACUUCAUUUACAUCUGAAGCUCCAUCAAACUGACAACACAAAAUACCUGCACGAGUGCACGAUUUGUGGUAAGGAACACCUGAACAGAUCAUCACUUAAUAGCCAUAUGGUUUGGCAUACUGCAGAACGGUCUCUCGAUUGCGAUAUUUGCGGUGCAUCAUUUAAAACAGCUUCAAAUCUGAAUUACCAUAAGAAAACACACAGUUCCGAGAGACCGCAUGAAUGCAAAAUUUGCGGAAAAAGGUUUCUUGUUCCUUCCGCGCUAAAGCAGCACUUGUUUCACCAUACUAAUGCCCGGCCUUUUAAGUGCAAUAUUUGCGGUCAAUCAUUGAGUACAAAAUAUACUCUUAGAAAUCAUAAACAAAUGCAUAAUUUAAAUCGUGAGACCAUUACAUCCGAGCAAAAUCUUGUGACGCAAGUGGAUGCGCACACUGAAGAGAAACUUUUCAAGUGCGAUAUUUGCGUUUUUUCCUAUAAAACAGCUAAUGGUUUGAGAAAACAUAAGGAAAAGCACACCUCGGAGAGUCCGUUCAAGUGCGAAAUUUGUGACAAAAGAUAUAUAUUUUCUUACAGCCUGAGGCAGCACAUGCUUGGACACACAAAUGAACGGCCGUGUAAAUGCAAUAGUUGCGGCUUAUCAUUCAAGAGAUCUCAUCAUCUGUGCGCUCAUGAAAAAAGGCACACUUGAAUUUUCUCCUUGAUUCGAUAGUUGGAUAAAAUUGACUACAACAAAAAAAAGCAGCGGUUCUUUUUUUGGAAAUAAAAUCAGCCUUAAAGUUUCACAAAUAA